CCGGCCCGGCGGCGGCGGCGCAGGAGGAUGGACUUGGUGGCGGGGCGCGGGGGGCUGGCCGGCUGCGGGCACCCCCUGGCCUCGCUGCUGGCGCUGCUGCUGCUGCUGGCGCGCUCGGGCACCCGCGCGCUCGUCUGCCUGCCCUGCGACGAGUCCAAGUGCGAGGAGCCGCGCAGCUGCCCCGGGAGCAUCGUGCAGGGCGUCUGCGGCUGCUGCUACAUGUGCGCCCGGCAGCGCAACGAGAGCUGCGGCGGCGCCUACGGGCUGCACGGCGCCUGCGACCGCGGGCUGCGCUGUGUCAUCCGGCCCCCGCUGCACGGCGACUCCAUCACCGAGUACGAAGUGGGCGUCUGCGAAGACGAGAACUGGGACGAGGACCAGCUGCUGAACUUCGAGCCCUGCAACGAGAACCUGGUCUCGGGCUGCAACAUCAUCAACGGGCGGUGCGAGUGCGACGCCGUGCGGACCUGCAGCAACCCCUUCGAGUUCCCCGGGGAGGACGCCUGCCUCGCCGCGCUCAGGAGGAUCGAAGAGGAGAAGCCGGACUGCUCCAAGGCCCGCUGCCAAGUCCAGUUCUCGCCGCGCUGCCCCGAAGACUCGGUCCUGAUCGAGGGCUACGCGCCCCCCGGCGAGUGCUGCCCCCUGCCCAGCCGCUGCGUGUGCGACCCCGCGGGCUGCCUGCGCAAGGUGUGCCAGCCGGGCCACCUCAACAUCCUGGUGUCCAAGGCCUCGGGGACGCCCGGGGAGUGCUGCGACCUCUACGAGUGCAAGCCAGUAUUCAGCGUGGACUGCAGCACGGUGGAGUGUCCCACGGUCCAGCAGCCCGUGUGCCCCCUCGACAGCUACGAGACGCAAGUCAGACUCACGGCGGACGGUUGCUGCACGCUGCCCACCAGAUGCGAGUGUCUCUCUGACUUGUGCGCGUUCCCCGCGUGUGAGGCGGGCAGCAGCCCCCACAGAGUCUCGCGCGGAACCGGGACCCCCGGCAAGUGCUGUGAUGUCUUUGAGUGUGUCAAUGAGACCAAGCCGGCCUGCGUGUUCAACGGCGUGGAGUACGGGGACGGGGCCAUGUUCCGCAUGGACAGCUGCCGCUUCUGCCGCUGCCAGGGCGGCGUGGCCGUCUGCUUCACGGCGCAGUGCGGGGAGCUGAGCUGCGAGCGCUACUACGUGCCCGAGGGGGAGUGCUGCCCCGUGUGCGAGGACCCCGUGUACCCGCUCAGCAACCCCGCCGGCUGCUACGCCGGCGGCCAGAUCCGCGCCCACGGGGACCGGUGGCGGGAGGACGACUGCACCUUCUGCCAGUGCAUCGACGGCGAGCCCCACUGCGUGGCCACGGCCUGCGGCCAGAGCUGCGUGAGCCCCGUCAGGGUGCCCGGCGAGUGCUGCCCCGUGUGCGAAGAGCCCACGUACAUCACCAUUGGGCCACCGCCGCCGGCCUGCAGGGAGCUGACCAACUGCACACUGACCGAGAAGGACUGCGCCUACGGCUUCCGGCUGGACCACAACGGCUGCCGCACCUGCCAGUGCAAAAGCAGGGACGCCCUGUGCUCGGGCCUCCGGCGUGGCUGCACCCUGACCUGUCCCUACGGCUUCCUGACUGAUGCCCACGACUGUGAGCUGUGCCAGUGCCGCCCGCGGCCCCGGAAGUGCCGGCCCGUUGCCUGUGACAAGCACUGCCCCUUCGGAUAUGUGAAGAACAAGCACGGCUGUGGCGUCUGCCGCUGCAGGAAGUGCCCCGAGCGCCCCUGCGCCAAGAGCUGCCCACUGGGCUUCCAGCGGGACGCACAGGGCUGCCCCCUGUGCAGCUGCAGAGAGGCCGCCUCGGCGCAGCCCCCGGUGCUGGCGGGCACCUGCCUGUCCAUGGACGGCCACCACCACGCCAGCGGGGAGAGCUGGCACGACGGCUGCCGCGAGUGCUACUGCCACCACGGGCGGGAGAUGUGCGCCCUCAUCACCUGCCCCGUGCCCGCCUGCAGCAGCCCCGCCAUCCGCCCGGGCCACUGCUGCCCGUCCUGCUCGGACGACCUGGUGGUGCAGACGCCCGAGCUCAGCGCCCCGUCCCUGUGCCACGCGCCUGGCGGCGAGUCCUUCGUGGAGGGCGAGACGUGGAACAUCGACGCCUGCACCCAGUGCACGUGCCACGGCGGGCGGGUGCUGUGCGGGACCGAGGUGUGCCCCCCGCUGCUGUGCCGCAGCCCCGUGCGGACGCAGGACUCCUGCUGCCCCCAGUGCUCAGACGAGCCCCUGCAGCCGCCCGCGCCGCGGAACCAGAGCGCGCCCAGCUACUGCAGGAACGAGGACGGGGACAUCUUCCUGGCCGCCGAGUCUUGGAAGCCCGACGUGUGCAGCAGCUGCGUGUGUGCCGGCGGCGCCAUCAGCUGCUACUCCGAGUCCUGCCCGGCGGUGGCCUGCGAGAGGCCCGUGCUGCGGAAGGGCCAGUGCUGCCCCUACUGCAUCGAGGACACGCUGCCCCGCAAGGCCGUGUGCCACUUCGGCGGGAAGAUGUACGCGGACGAGGAGCGCUGGGACCUGGACAGCUGCACCCACUGCUACUGCCUGCAGGGCCAGACGCUCUGCUCCACUGUCAGCUGCCCGCCCCUGCCCUGCGCCCAGCCCAUCAACGUGGAGGGCAGCUGCUGCCCCAUGUGCCCAGAAAUGUACGCGCCAGAGCCCACCAACAUCCCUAUUGAGAGGACCCUGCACCGCGGCGACAAGGACCCUGCAGUGCCCAUGAGGCCCACGCCCGGGGAAAACGACAUCCACCAGGCCCGAGACAUGGGUCACCUUCAGGUCGACAGCAGAGGCGAGAAGAGGCCGUCCCCAGGCGAAGAGGCUGUGCUGGACUCCAUCGCCUGGGUGGCCGUGCCCAUCGUGAUGGGGCUGUCCAUCAUCAUCACGUUCUUCAUCGUCAAUCAGAAGAAGCAGUGCCUGCCGCUGCUGUGCUGGCACCGCUCACCGACGAAGCCUUCUCCCCUCAGCAGCCAGCUGGUGGCCGUGAACUGCAAGAAGGGGGCCCGGCCGGCCGGCACGCAGCCCAUGCUCAGGGUGGCGGAGCCCAACUCGGCCCGCCUCAGUGGCUUCUACAGCAUGCAGAAGCAGAACCACCUGCAGGCGGACAAUUUCUACCAGACGGUGUGACGGCCCGCGCUGCGUGACGGGACGAGGCUUCAGGCACUAGCCCCGUGGACUGGCUCGCACCAACCCGCGACAGCGCGCAGAGCCCCUGGCCGGGGCCGCCCACGCAUCCCUCCUUCGCCUCAAGAUGAACUGACCAAGCGUUUUCUUAGAACCAAA